GAAAAAUAUAACAAAAAUAAUUUCCCAUUAAAUUUUUGAAAGUAUGUGGAAACCUUUACCUUUCCACUAUAUAUGGAACCUGCAGCAAAAACCUAGUAGCUAGAUCUAUCUAUUCAAAUCUACAAACUAGGUUAUCAUGUCGACUGCAACUUCUGCUCCGAUUACCAAACCAACUGAGCUCUUCCAAGAUAUUCGUGUAAAUUUUUAUUCAAGAAGAGUACUGCUUCAUACAGCUUAUCAACCACCUACCACGGCAUCACCCCCGUUUGCAGUAGCAUCACAGUCCUCUGCAAAUCAUAUGAGCUUUGAUGCAAAUGUUGUCAUGGUCCUAUCAGUUCUCUUAUGUGCACUAGUUUGCUCCCUAGGACUGCAUUCUAUCAUAAGAUGUGCACUGAGGUACUAUAAUUUAUUAUCAUCAGAAGCUAGUGAGGAGCUCGCAGUACGCUUGGCCAACACAGGAGUAAAACAAAAUGCCUUGAAGAGUUUCCAGACGGUAAGUUACACUGCAGAACUGAAGCUUCCUGGCCUAGAUACGGAGUGUGCCAUAUGUCUCUCGGAGUUUGUAUCCGGAGAACGAGUCAAGCUUCUGCCAAAGUGCCACCAUGGAUUCCAUGUCCGGUGUAUAGACAAAUGGCUCAGUUCACACUCAUCAUGUCCCACCUGCAGGCAGUGCCUCAUUCAGACUUGCAAAAAGAUAGCUGGCUGCAGUAGUGAGAUGAUAACCCCAUCACCUAAUCAACCACAACAGAACAUGCAUAUAGCACCACUAGGACCGGAAUCAUUGAUGCGCGCUUUUAGCUGAACAGAGUACGGUGCAGUUAUGUUGUAAAAGCUGAUAUGUAUGUAUUGUCACGUUUUUAGAAUUAGUCAGAAAUCCCAAACUAUCUGCAGUUCAAUAUUCAAAACAGCGUUAAUUAUGAUUUCCUCUGUAAAAGUUUCAAACGUUAUGACAUGUUGUUGCCUGAAA